AUGGAGCUGCAAAAUGUCAUCCUGCUCCUCUUGCUGACAAUCAACCUUGCUAUCGCCCAAAACACUUCUAGAGAAGAAGCACAGGAACUCCAUGUUGGGGUUAUCCUUGACUUGGGGUCCAUUGUUGGCAAAAUGGCACGGACCAGCGUUUCACUGGCUAUGGAGGACUUCUAUGCUGUUCAUCGGAACUAUAGCACCAAGCUUGUCCUCCACAUCAGAGAUUCCAUGAGUGAUGAUGUCCAAGCUGCAUCUCAAGCUAUUGACCUGCUAGAGAAUUACAAUGUAGAAGUCAUCAUUGGUCCUCAGAAAUCUUCGCAAGCUAUAUUUAUCUCAAAACUUGGAAAUAAAAGUCAUGCCCCAGUCAUAUCCUUCACGGCAACAAGCCCAUCUCUAUCAUCUAAAACUCUUCCAUAUUUUGUGCGAGCAACAAUAAAUGACUCGGCACAGGUAAAUUGCAUUGCCUCCAUAAUUAAAACCUAUGGGUGGAGAGAGGUGGUACCUAUCUAUGAAGACACUGACUAUGGUAGAGGUAUCAUACCAUACCUUGUUGAUGUGCUACAAGAAGUUGAUGCCCGUGUUCCCUACCAAAGUGUGAUCCCUUUGUCAGCAACUAGUGAACAAAUUACUCUAGAACUCUAUAAGCUGAUGACAAUGCAAACGACAGUCUUUGUUGUACAUAUGUCAUUUACCUUGGCCUCCCUCUUCUUCAUAAAGGCAAGAGAAGUAGGGAUGAUGAACAAAGGAUAUGCAUGGAUCAUGACAGAUGGAGUAACCAAUCUAAUAGAUUCACUGAAUCCUUCUAUCCUAGAAUCGUUGAAUGGUGCCAUAGGUGUUGAGUUUUAUGUUCCCAAAACCAAGGAACUUGAUGACUUCGCCAUGAGAUGGAAUAUGAGGUUCCAGAUUGACAACCCAACUGAUCCACCAUUGAAAUUAAACAUCUUUGGACUAUGGGGCUAUGAUACAAUCUGGGCAGUAGCACAUGCCGCAGCAAAAGUUGGACUUGCAAAUGCCACAUUUCAGAAACCAGGAGAGUCCAUAGAAAUACCCCGAGGUUUUAAGAUUCCUGUAAGCGGGAAGAAACUUCAAGUUGGUGUGUGCACAAGUGGAUAUCCGGAAUUUGUGAAGGUCGAAAAGGAUCAUAUCACAGGUGCAACUAAAGCAAUCGGUUUUUCAGUGGAUGUAUUUGAAGAGGCAGUUAAGAGACUUCCUUAUGCAGUCCCUUAUGAAUAUGUCCUAUUUAGUACCAAGGAUGAUGGAAGUGCCGAAGAUUACAAUGAUUUUGUCUACCAAGUUUAUCUUGAGAAAUAUGAUAUAGUAAUUGGAGACAUAACAAUAAGGUAUAAUAGAACAUUCUAUCUAUGCUAUAUAUUCCAGGCAGAAAAGGUGUCCAAGAGGUCGUGGGGUGCUCAAAAUGAGCGGAGAUGCUCCCCGCUCCCUAGCCUAGCCUAG